CGAGAGUAUAUCGCGAAAAAGAAAAAGAAAUCUCCCGUUUGGUCUCGUUCUCGUUGUCUCCUCCGCUCCUUGCGCCGCCGCCAAGACGAGUCGCGGCUGAACAGGGGAGGGCCGGGUGGCGAUCUCCAUCUGGCGAGCAGAGCAGCGGAGGGGAGGGGAUCCUGGUUCAGGGGCAUCUCCUCUUUUCUUUCCCUUGCCGCCAUUAGCCCAAGCAGCUAUCUGGAUUCUGGAGUAGUUCUCUAGCGCACGAACAGCAUCCGUGACGAAGCGCAUCCAUGGCGGCAGCACCGACGAGAGCGGAGGCGCUGUCCCUCUUCCGGUCCCUCCUCCGCACGGCAAGGCAGUUCUCUGACUACAACAUCCGCGAGUACGCGCGCCGCCGCGCCGCGGACGCCUUCCGUGAGAACCGUGCCCUCGGCGAUGCGGUUGCCGCGGCGGCAGUGUUCGCGGACGGGAAGAAGCAGCUGGAGGUGGCAAAGCGGCAGGCGGUGGUGUACUCUCUGUACGCCCCAAAGGCCAAGAGCAUCAUGGAGAUGAAGCUGCAGUGAUCGGUGCAACUAAAACUGAGAUGUUAUUAUGUUUGCUAGAUAAUUUCCAUGACAUGGUUGCUAUGAGUUCAAUAAACUAGUCAAUUCCACAAUUCCGGUCUCUUGUGUUCAACAUGCCAUUACCUGUUAGGCAGGGCACCUGCCUUUUCAACAUGCCAUUAACUGUAAGCCAAUCUGUUUGGUGGCUUUGCAAUUAUCCUGCUGCCCCUGGUUUUCCUAGACCUGUGCUAGCUUUGGCUUC